CACUGCUGGUGAUCUGAGUCCUCAUUUAGGGUUACCACUCAGCUAAAUAUAUAUCUACUAUGCCCCCCAUAUAUCUUAGAGGAGCUCUGAGACUUAAGCCUGCACCAGCCUUGUACCAAUACAGAUGAGUAGAUGACUCUGCUGGGUUCAAGAUAAAACCCUUGACAUUGAAUUCAUUAGAGCUUAAGGAUGACAAAAGCAGCACAUAAAAGAAAAACAAAACAUGUGAGAUAUGGCCUCAGAAGUCACAUUAACAUAAAUAGAGCUAGAAGGGAAUGAGUUGGCCAUUCAAUUUAGAAAGUUAGAAAAAUGACAGCAGGAAAAGUUUGAUGAUGCAGAGCAAAGUCUUGUCUCAGUAAUAAAGGCCAGAUUUGGUGGUAAUAUACCCUCCCAAUAUAUAGGGAGAUACUGUUUCAAAAUCCCCUCCUGUAAAUCAGAAUUAAAAAAAUAAGGUGGCAGUGAAAAAAUUCAAUGGAAAAAUUGGGCUGGAGAUGAUGCUUAGUGAUUUUGGAGUAGGCAAGGGUUCUCAUUUUCACCCCAACACUACAAAAACAAACAAGCAAGCAAACAGUGGAAAACUAACCAAAGAGAGCUGGAAGAUGGGGGCGGAGAGUUGUGAAUUGCUGUUUUCUGGAUAUGACAUAGCUGUGGCACACAUGAAGUUACAGUAGCUGUAGUUGUAGUUGCUUUCAUGAGAUCAAGUUGGUUAAUAUGCCAGCAUGGAGAGAGAGAGAGAGAGAGAGAGAGAGAGAGAGAGAGAGAGAGAGAGAGAGAGAAGUUCACAAGCUUCUACCCCUAGGUAAGAAUCUGUUGGAAGCUGAUGGAUGUUAGGGAAUAUAAUUUUUUCUUCAUGCCCCCUUGGUAGUUGCUGAAGGAGUGGAUGAUGGUCCCAUGUUAAUGAGCAUAUAGGAAACAGUAGUUGCAUUUAAUGGGUUAUAAAAAAGAAAAAAAUGGGGGGCUGGAGAGAUGGCUCAGCGGUUAAGAGCACUGAUUCCUCUUCCAGAGGUCCUGAGUUCAAUUCCCAGCAACCACAUGGUGGCUCACAACCAUCUGUAAUGGAAUCUGAUGCCCUCUUCUGGUGUGUAUGAAGACAGCUACAGUGUACUCAUCUAUAAUAAAUAAAUAAAUCUUUAAAAAAAAAGAAAAAUUGGGAGGGUGAGGGAGAAGGGGGUUCAGAGAGGUUAAGAGGGAAAAUGGAGGGUGAAUAUACUUUACAUGCAUUGUAUACAUGUAUGAAAUUCUCAAAGAAUAAAUUAAGAACUAUUAAGAAAACAAGCUAAAAUAAAACCAACUUCCCCAAACAACAAACGUAAACAAACAAAACAAGAAAGAAAAGCUGGAGGACCCAGCUAUACCUCUCUUGGGCAUAUACCCAAAAGAUGCCCCAACAUAUAACAAAGACACAUGUUCCACUAUGUUCAUAGCAGCAUUAUUUAUAAUAGCCAGAAGCUGGAAAGAACCCAGAUGCCCUUCAACAGAGGAAUGGAUACAGAAAAUGUGGUACAUCUACACAAAGGAAUAUUACUCAGCUAUCAAAAACAAUGACUUUAUGAAAUUCAUAGGCAAAUGGAUGGAACUGGAAAAUAUCAUCCUGAGUGAGGUAACCCAAUCACAGAAAAACACACAUGGUAUGCACUCAUUGAUAAGUGGAUAUUAGCCCAAAUGCUUGAAUUACCCUGUAUGCACAGAACACAUGAAACUCAAGAAGGAUGACCAAAAUGCGAACACUUCACUCCUUCUUUAAAAGGGGAACAAGAAUACCCUUGGGAGGGAAUAGGGAGGCAAAGUUUAGAACAGAGGCAGAAGGAACACCCAUUCAGAGCCUGUCCCACAUGUGGCCCAUACAUAUACAAUUACCAAACUAGAUAAGAUGGAUGAAGCAAAGAAGUGCAGGCCAACAGGAACUGGAUGUAGAUCUCUCCUGAGAGACACACCCAGAAAACAGCAAAUACAUAGGCGAAUGCCAGCAGCAAUCACUGAACUGAGAAUGGGACCCCCGUUGAAGGAAUCAGAGAAAGGACUGGAAGAGCUUGAAGGGGCUCGAGACCCCAUAUGUACAACAAUGCCAAGCAACCAGAGCUUCCAGGGACUAAGCCACUACCUAAAGACUAUACAUGGACUGACCCUGGGCUCCAAUCUCAUAGGUAGCAAUGAAUAGCUUAGUAAGAGCACCAGUGGAAGGGGAAGCCCUUGGUCCUGCCAAGACUGAACCCCCAGUGAACGUGAUUGUUGGGGGGAGGGCGGUAAUGGGGGGAGGGUGGGGAGGGGAACACCUAUGUAGAAGGGGAGGGAGAGGGGUUAGGGGGAUGUUGGCCCAGAAACCGGGAAGGGGGAAUAACAAUCGAAAUGUAAAUAAGAAAUACUCAAGUUAAUAAAGAUGGGGAAAAAAAAUUAAGAAAAGCUGGGCACAGGUCUAUAACCCGAGUAUUUGGGUAGUUGGAGCAGGAGGAUCUGGACUUCAAAGCCAGCCUGAGGUAUACACCAUAAGACCCUUUCCCUAUUUCAAACACUACCACCACCAACAAAAUCCAAACAACAACAACCAACCUAAUACAACCCUACAAGUUAGAAUGACAGAAUUUUGUUUGUUUGUUUGUUUUUUUUUUACAAGAUAAGAGUUUCUCUGUAUAGCCCUGGCUGUCUUGGAAUUCAUCCUGUAGACCAGGCUGAGCUCGAACUUACAGAUAUAUGCCUGCUUCUGCUUCCUGAGUGCUGGGAAUAAGGUCGUGUGCCACCACAGCCCGGCUGAGACACAGAAUUCCAUGCCUACAAUCUCAGUACUUAUGAUACUAAGGCAGGAGGAUAAUGAGUUUAAGGCCAUCUUAGGCUACAUGGUGAGAAAUCUCUCAAAAGCAACGACAAAAUCAACCACUGAAAAUCACAUUAAAAACUGAAAAAGGGACUGAAGAGAUAUCCAGUAUUAUUAAGAGCACUUGCUGGUUUUGUCCAGAGUUCCAAGUUUGGUUUUCAGCACCCCUAUCAGGCAGGUCACAACUCCUUAUAACUUUAGUUCCAGGGAAUUUAAGGACAUCUUCUGGCCUUUGUGAGUAUCCAUACACUUGUGGCUGACUGGCUGGUGGACAGACAGACAGACACAUAAAUAAAAAACAUAAAUCUUAAAUAAGUCAGGUAGUGGUGGUACAUGCCUUUAAUCCCAGUACUCGCUCGGAAGGCAGAGGCAGAGGCAGGCGGAUCACUGAGUUUGAAGCCAGCCUAUUCUACAGAGUGAGUUCCAGGACAGCCAGGGCUACACAAUGAAACCACAUCUAAAAACAAAAACAAAACCAAUACCCACCUUCAAAGAAAUUAAAUAAAAAAUUCUGAAAAACCAUUGUGUGUGUAUGUGGUGCUGGAGAUUGAACUCAGGAGCUCAAGCAUAUUAGUCAAGUACUCAACUACUGAACUAUAUAUAGUUCUUGUCCUGGCUAGCUUUGUGUUAACUUGAUACAAGCUAGAGUGAUCAGAAAGGAGGGAGCCGGGAGCCUCAAUUGAGAAAAUACUCUCAUAAGAUCAGCCUGUAUGCAAGCCUGUGGGACAUUUUUAAGUGAUUGAUGUAGGAGGGCCUAGCUCAUUGUGGGUGGUGCUAAUCCUGGGCUGAUGGUCCUGGGUUCUAUAAGAAAACAGGCUGAACAAGCCAUGAAUAACAAGUCACUAAGAAGUAUCCCUCUACGGCCACUGUAUCAGUUCCUGCCUCCAGGUUCAUUUCCUAAUUUCCUUCAGUGAUGGUCUAUGAUAUGGAAGUGUAAGCCAAAUAAACACUUUCCUCCUCAACUUGCUUUUGGUCAUGGUGUUUCAUCACAGCAAUAGAAACUCUAACUAGGACAGUCCCAGAUCUUAUCCCUGGCUGACCUGGAACUUGCUAGGAAGAACAGGCUGGCCUCAAAUUCACAGAAAUCCACCUGUCUCUACUUCCUGGGAUUAAAAGCAUGCACCAUCAUGCCUGUCUAAAAUAUCUUUUGAGACAGAGUCUCAAAAACUUACUCAGGUUGGCCUGGAAGUUACUUUGUAGUUCCCAUUAGCUUUGAAUGUCUGCCCCAGACUAAUAAGUAGCUGCGAUUACAAUAGGCUUUCUGAGAAAUCUUUCUUUCUGUGUAUUAAUUUUUUAAAGAUUUAUUUAUUUAUUUUGUAUAUGAGUACACUGUAGCUGUCUUCUGACACACCAGAAGAGGACAUCGGAUUCCAUUACAGAUGGUUGUGAGCCACCAUGUGGUUGCUGGGAUUUGAACUCAGGACCUCUAGAAGAGCAGUUGGUGCUCUUAACCACUGAGCCAUCUCUCCAGCCCCUGUGUAUUAAUUUUUAAAAUAUAUCAACUUUGUUAAAUUCAACAAAUACAGAUAAAGGUUUUAGAAAAAAUUCUAUUUAUUUUUUUUAAUCAAAAAGGAAAUGGAAAAAAAGGGAAAAAGAAAAAAAAGGAAAAAAAAAGAAAAAAAAAAGGAAAUGAAAUCUCUUUAAUUUGACUUGGGACAUCUAUCAAACACCCUAGAAACACCAUUCAAAAUGGAGUAUUGUAUACUUUUCUUGUUUCUAUGAAAAAAAAUACCUGGCAGAAGGAAAACUGUGGGGUGAAGGUUUAUCCCGGUUCACAGUUUGAUGGUAGAGUUUGCCAUGUCAGGGAGAGCACAGUGAUCGGGAUGUGAGGUCUGUGUUUACAGUCAGGAAGCAGAGAGAUAAAUAUGAAUAUUCAGCUUUCUCCCAUUUCCUUUUGUUCAGUCAGGGACACCAACCAAUAGGGUGUGCCGUGAACAUUUAUGGUAAGUCUCUCUUCUUCAGUUAAAUCUCUCUGCAAACAUGAUCACAGACACAUAUCUGGGUGUCUAUGAGAAAGUUCUAAAUGCUUGCUACUGUCUCUUUAGUCAAUCUUAAACUAAAAGCCCUUGAUAGUAUCAUCAGACAAGAAAAUGAAAGUGGUAUAAGGUUUGGAAAAGAGGACAAAAACCUGUCAUUAUUAGAUGACAGGUUGUUUAUUAAAAAAUACCUCAAAUCAACCUACAGACUAACUGUUAGAAUUAAUGAGAGUUUGGCCAAGUUGCUAGAUUAAAAAAAGUGAUAGGAGUAGAUAGAGAUUCUUUUAGGAUAUAAAGUAAUAAUCAUAAGCCAGUGUUGUACUGCAGCCUGUAAUUAUAGCAUUCCAGUAGAGGCAGGAUGAUAAGGACUUCAGGGUUAUCCUUCAAUACAUAGUGAGUUCAAGGCCUGCAUUGGGGGUAGGAGGGUUAGGAGAGGAAAGAGAGAUAUGAAAAUAUGAAGGGCAUGCAUGUGACUAGUUCAAUAUCCAGUAUUAUGAAACAAAAGAAACAAAGGAAAACAGGCAAGUCUGGUAUGUGCUUUGCAUGUGCAGGGCCCAGAGUAUAAUCCCUAGCACCAAAAAACACAAGUUUCAGCCUUAGAAAUAGCAUUUACUAAACUUAUCUGUAUUCAGAAUAUCUAAGUAGCUCCUAUGAUGCACUGAAAAACAAUCUAACUAAAUUGGGUAAAAGGUUUGGCCAGAUGUUUCACCAGAAUGGAGAUGAAUGGCCAUAAAAUACAUGGGAAAUGAUCAUCAGGUGUCAGAAAAUGCAACUUGAACAAGAUACCACUUCAGACUCAUUAGAAUGGCUGUAAUCCAAAUGAUGAUAGUUGAGCAUGUUGGUACAUAUAAUUCAAUCACUUGGGAGGCUGAGAGAAGAGGAACUCCAUGAGUAAAAGGCUAGUCUGGGCAACAUAGUAUGUUCCAGGCUAACCUGAGCUACCUGUGUCAAAUAGAACUCCCUUCCCACAAAAAGCCAAAGCCAAAGCCAGACCUAGUGUUGGUGUGAAACUCAUAGACUAUGUGUAGAAACAUGCAAUGAUUAAAUCUAAAACUGCCUGGCAGCCUUUUAUCAAAUGAAGUACCUAUACAUAUCUUAUGAUGUGCCAUUCCUCUUUUAGAUGUUACUCCAGAGAAAUAAAAGCAGGCAGCUAGCUGCCUAAAGAUCUGUGCAUGAAUGCUCAUGGCAGUUUUAAUUUAAAAUAGCCAAGAAAUUCCCAAAUAAACCAGCAUGCAGAUGGACAAACUGUAUAUCUGUAUUCAGCUACUCAGGAAUGAGCUACCAUUCUUUGCUGACAAACCUUAAAUAUAUUAUGAUAAACCAUAGGAGCUAGACAUAAGAGACUACAUAUUCAUGAAUUCACUUAAGAGUCUCAGAAUGAGCAAUAUUAGACUAUUAUGACAGGACUCAGAUCAGUGGUUGCCUGGGGAGGUUGCUAGCAGGGGUACCCAGGAAUUUUGUGGGAAGACAGAAAUGUCCUAGAUUAGGCCAUCAACAAUAUAGCUACCAUUUAUGCAUUACAAUAUGUACCAAGAAAAGAGGGUGAAAAUAAUUGAGGAGGGGGCGGAGAGGAAGCUUGACAUUACUCCUAGGGAAACAAUGGCUGCAAAAUGGGGGACUUUUUGUGUACAUAUUUUCUUUUUUGCUGUAUCUUUGAGACAGGGUCUUGCUAUGUAAUUCUAACUCGAUUUGAAUUUGCUAUGUAGCUCAGACUGGCCUUAAACUCAAGGUAAUCCUUUUGCCCCAGCCUCCUAAGUGCUGUGAUUACAAGUGUGUACCAGUAUACCUGGCUUUAGUUACGUAAAUAAUUUGAGACUGGGUUUCCUGUAUCUUAGACUAGCAUCAAACUCAUUAUGUAGUCAAGGUUGGCUCUGAACUAACCCCUUUUCUUCCACCUUUCUAGAAUUACAGGAGGAAUGUACCACAAUGUUUUACAUUGUUUUAAUCCAGGGUUUCUGUUAUGUUGCUUAGGCCGGCUAGUCUUGAAUGUCUUUCCUGAAGUGAAUUUACUGCUUCAGCCUCUGCAGUGCUAAGACUUCAGAUGAUAAUACUGUUUCUUCUUUUUAUUUAAGUAAUUAUUUUAUUUUUAAUUAUGUGUAUGUGUGUGUGUGGGUGUCUGCGCACAUUAGUACAGUUACCUAUAGAAGGCAGAAAAGGCACUGAUCCCCUGGAUUGGGAGUUACAAGGAACCAAACUUGGGUUUGAGCAAAAGUAGCAAAUGCUCUUAACCAAAGAAUCAUCUUUCAAGCCCCUUUCUUUUUUUUUUUCUUUUUUCUUUUUUUCGGAGCUGGGGACCGAACCCAGGGCCUUGCGCUCGCUAGGCAAGCGCUCUACCGCUGAGCUAAAUCCCCAACCCCACAAGCCCCCUUCUUAAUGUGGGAGAAAUUUACAAGGGUGUGCCAAAGUUUGUAAAAAGCUGUCCAGCUGUGCCUUUAAGAUCUGUGUUACUUUUUGAUGAAAUAUUCUAAUAAGAAUUAUAAAUAUUUGGGGCUAAGGAUGUAGUUCAGUCAGUGAUCAAGUGUUAGGCAAUGGGUUUGAUGCCUAACACUGCAAAACUAAUGAACAAACCAAACAACACCCCCAAAACAUCACUGUUAAUAUUAAUAGAUACAAGUUAACUGCUUUUAUUUACUAACAUCAAUGACUUGGAAAAAUAAGCAAUUUAAAACAAUACCAUUUACAAAAGUAAAUAUUAUAAAGAACCUAGAAAUAAAUUCAUGAUGCUCAUUUCCAAGCUAAUGUGCAUACUCAGUUCAGUCUCCCAGUAAUCAGCAACAGCCCAACAUGCUUUCAUUUUGUACCCUGCCAGACCAGGUACAAGAAGGAGGGGCAGAAAUGGCUACCAAGCUUUUGAAUUAUAUAGUAGGGCAUUUGCCCUUUCAUCUCAAACCCUAUUAUUAGGAAUGUGGGAUAGGUGUGAACCUGUGCUACACAGGAUACUACUACUUCAUGGGGAGAGGUGAGCAAAUGGAACAGGAGUCAGGCACUGGUUCCAUCUAUACCCUAACUCUCUACAGAAAAACCAACUCUGGUUUUAAGGAUCUGAAUAUUUAUACAAAAGUAAUUUGCUGAAACUUUUACUACAGGUAUAUCUAACUAAACUCAAAACACCAUUUUAUCUAACGAGGUAUUUUGGCACUAAUUUCUCAGGUGUUUGGGAUGAGUUUUCAGAUGGAGUGGGUCUGGGUGGCAUGAACUUUGCAAAAUUUAAACAAGCUAUGCAGAAUGCAGACUCACCAUGACCUGGAAAGAUGAUGGGCUCUAUGGAUCAGGGACCCCCAGAAAGUGAACUGCUGUUCCCUUUAGCACAAUAUUCAAUAGGCAAAACUUCCUGUUAUCACAACAUAGCCCAAGCUAACUACAUAGACCAAGCUGACUAGCUCUUUAAAAUAAAGAGGUGGUGCUGGGGAGGCUGCUUGGUGUUUAAGAACACUAGCUAUUCUUUCAGAGGACCCUGGUUUGAUUUCCAGCAUCCAUAUGGUGACUCACAACCAUCUGUAUGUAACUCCAGUUCCAGGGCAUCUGACCUCUGAAAGCACCAGGCAUGCAAGUGGUGCAGACAUACAUGCAGGCAAAAUACCUAUAUACAUAAUAUAAAUAAAACAUCAAAACACUGAAGUGGUAAUACCAUCUGAGAUACAAACUUCAAAAAUUACUAAGCCAGAUAUACUAGUAUAUACCUGUAAUUUCAGUACUUGGGAGGCUGAGACAGGAGAAUAACAAAAUUCAAGGUCAGUCUGGCAAACGUAGUGAGAUCAUCUCAAAAAAAUGGGGGCAGAAGCUCAGAGGAGGCUAAGGCUGAGUAGUAGACCUGCUUAGCUUGCUUAGCCUCGUUGUAUAUCCCCAGUAACAAAAUAACAAACAAAAGAGAGUGAACCAUACAGCUGCAUUGAUGAACCCAUUUCUAUGGGAAAUGGCAGUUCUGGAUAAGAAUGGUUAUAUGCACUUAGGGAUUGCCAUGGCCUAAAUGUUUUUCUUCAGGGGUUUGCUGAGGGUCAAUGGAAGCAAUUGUGUGCAUGCCAUUUCUAGGUUCUAUUCGGUUCCCAAAACUUCUAUAGAGGGCUGUUGACAAACUCUCAUAUCCUGUGUUGGCAUGAGAGAGCAAUUCCCUCUAGUCAGUGCCCAUGUCUGUCAACUGCUCAGAAUUAAAGUCCUGAGCACUGACAAGUGGGUUCCUAUGUUAACUGCCACCUUCCAUAUGAACUUCUGGGAGCCUGAGCCCAAUGACCACCUCAAUGCUAAGACUAUCUUUAGGAAAAUGUCUAAGACUUGUUGCCAGCUGGGCUUCUAUUGCUCUGGAGCCUCCUCAUCUGUCACUCCCUCAUGUGAUACCUAGCACGGCCACAAGAGUGGCCUAAUUACUGUCCCCUAAGUGACUCUGCUGGGCAAAGCUUUUACCCUGUUGUGCAAGAUGGUUGCCCUUAUAGGUUCCACAAAGCUCAGCUCAGACAAGUCAGUCCAAUUCUGGGCCAGGAUCUCCCCUCAGAAUGGUUCUUAGUUCCUCAUAGUACCCUCAAUGCCUGCCUCUGGCAUCUUCCAUCAGUGGGGUUGGGUUACUGCUCAUGUUCAGAGGGCUUUAUCCUAGCCUCACAUACUCUGGAAAGGGCUGGCUUGCUGGGAACUAGACACUGAAAGAAACAAUGAGAACCCUGGCUUGUAGACUUCUCUAAGCAUGCAGUGUUUGCUUAUGAUCAAAUUCCAACUAACUGGGAGGAAUCAGUACAGACUCCAGCCAAUGUAUUGGUGGCAGGGGACUGGUCUGCUGAGUCACAGUUGCCCCACACCCAGAGCUGUUUGUUCUUGUUCUCUUUGAGAUUAACAAGACAUAGAACCUGCUCUCCUUGUUUUAGCUCAGCCCCUGCAACUGACAGUCUGCCUGGCUUCAAGUCACCCAAGAGAGGUGAGGUAGGACUAAGGACAGUGGGGGUGGGAGGUAGCCAUUCUUCUCAGGUAUGGGGCUGACUCCGGCUUUCCUGUUGGCUUCAUGACUCUCACUGAACUCUUCUGAAGUAAGGAACAUGAGAACUAAAAUCUAAACUUACUAUGUGUGGGAGUGGGGGCAAUUAGAGAGGUAGCUGGAAGUCUCUCAUCUUUGCCACCCCCUCACAUUGCCCAAGUACUAUGGCAGGGGAAGGAUCUACCUAAGGACAUGUGGUGACUUAGGAGAAUUAAGACAUGAUUAAGAUCUCUAGCCACAGAUAUCUGGCCAGAUAAGGGCAAAGAGAUCUGAGUACCAAUUGGUCUAUGGUUAGCUGAGGUUUGGGCUCUCGGUUUUUAAAGUCAAAUCAUACCCAGCCUUUGGUUUGGGGAGUGAGAAAUUUGAGAGGAGGCCUUGCAGUUCCCAAGGGUUGUUGGGGAUGAGGGACCCACCUAGCUUCCCAAGAUAGAGUUCUAGACUGUGAGGAUCAGCUGUUUUCCAGCCACUGAAUGAGACAUAGGAAAAUAUGAGGUAGGUCUGGGCUAAAAGUCUAACAAAAGGCCUCCUUCUUAUACCCUGGGGCUCCAUGAGUCACAGGCUUUUGGGAGAAUGCCAAGGUCAUCAUGACACAGCAAGAAUCUUACCAACCCAAGGGGGAAGUCAGCUCUGAAAUGACCAAAGAGGGAUAGGCUGGGACUACCAGGUCACUCCUCACAUAGGCCUGUUAGCAGGAUGGACCUUGAGUGCUCACUGAAUCUAUGGGUGUCACAUAAGCCAGGUAGGGAAACUGAUGUCUAGAGAGAUGGGCCCUGUAGUGAGCCCAUCUGCCCAUGUGGACUCCAAGACCUACUCCUUUUCUUCUGCAUAGGAGAGCUACUCCCUACCCUUACCAAAGUCCUAUUGGCUGGGGGAGAUGCCCUUUUAGGGUCAGUUCCUUCCCUGCAAUAGUCCAUAAAGACAGGGAUUUUUGGAGAGGGAAAGUAAGGAUUUCUGUUCCCUUUUUUGUUGGGGUGGGAGUCCUGAGAGGAGGAAAUGGCUACAGAGAGGCAGACUAAGAAUGUCCCCAUGAAGGAAGCUGAGUACAUGAGUAAGGACUGGAUAAGGACCUGGGGAGGAAGAAGAGGCAGAGGAUGGCUACUUGGGAUCAACUUGCCCUAGUUUGUUCCAGUUUCCUAGGUUUGGGGCCUGCCAGCUGCUAGCUUCCUAGUUUCUAGGUCAUGUUGAGCUUUUUUCCCAACUUAGAGGGCAGUUGCCCUUAUCCUCAAUUUGCUUUGCUCUUUAGGUCCUCAUGGGACCUGUGUGUUGCAGGGGCCUUAGUACACAAGAGCCCAUUUGUGACUUCUGUUACGUGCAGCUCUCCAAAGUACACUGUCCCCACAAGGAGGAUAGCAACUGAGGCUAUUGUGGAUUGGGAGACACUUGAUUGUAAUAUUUAAUGAAUGGAGGACUUUCAGGUGUCCUAGAUCAACUAGCAGCUUGCCUGCCUCCUGCAUUUAGUGUAGUGUCUGGCAGGAGCUACUCUAGGGGCUACCUAAGCACAGGGUCUGUCUGUCUCAGGACCUCUGAGAGGAACAGAAAGAAACAAUGAUGGUCUUUAGAAAAAUUUCUCUUUUUUUCCCCACUCCCUUUUGCUGGAACUAGUACUUCACAUUUCUACUCUGGAAGCCAGGGUUCUUACUCCCAGAGCAGAGAAGAGCAAAGGGGAACCAUACUGAUUGCAGUGAAAGGAAGUUGCUCAACUUGAGGCUAGAACUAACAUAAUUAACCUAGGAUAAAGCUAGAGAAACUGCCUGGUUCUUAUUUGUUAGAUGAAAACCACCAGGGUUCAGAAAAAUAUAGACAUUUGUUCCAGGUCACACAAUAAGCUAUCAAUGAGGUGUCUAAGAGUUCAGGUCCAGCAAAGAUGAAUUGUCUUUGCUGACUGGAUUAUUGUUGCUGCAUGCUUAUGAAAGCAUGGGUGGGGCAGGGGAAAUAAUCUUCAGUUAAUUUCUCUUCCACUUGAACCUUUAGAUUGAAGGCAGAGUCCUACAUGCUAAGGUUUAUGGCAGAUACAUGCAUAGCUCCUUUAAGGGGAGUAGGUUGGAGCCAGGGCUGAGGGUAGGGCUGCUGUACUGUGUGUUCCAACUAAGUACCUCUCUUGGGUCUUAGAGUUACAGGGACUCAGGGGACAGUGCUUUGGUUUGUCCUUCCCUUUCUCUUUCAGUGGCAUAGCCCUUCUCCUCAGCUUGUUUCUGCAUUCCUUUUCUAAGUUCUCCCACUCCCAUUUUUGCUCAGAAAUAUAAGGCUGACAACAAACAAGUUUGGCAAACGCGGUGGCAUGUUCUCAUCUCCAGUUUUUGGGUAGUUGCAAUUCAAUCUAGGGUCUCAUGCAUAUAAGGUUAGUGCUCUACCAGUGAGGGACAGCUGUAGGUAGCCCUUGGUGCAUGGCAAUGCUCUGAAUGAACAAAACCCCACAGAGCUCCUCCAGCACCGAGGGGACCAGGGUGGAAGGUGCUGAGUCAGUGGCUACCCUUUCAAGAACACACUAGCUCUGAUGAAGUUCUUGCCCAAGAUUACACAAUAAGUUAAUAGUGAAGAUGGUCACACGACGGUGAGCUGAUUCCAGGGUUAAAAGCAAGCAAUUGAGUUUACCUUUGCCAUUGAACACUGGUCACUGAACAUGCCCUGCUGCCACAUAGCACAUAAAAGGGUGAUUUGGUCUAAGCCCAUGACUUUUACUAAGCCCCACCUGCUCCAGUCUCACUAUGUACCAUCAACACAACAUCCCUGAUUGCUUCUGUUCUUCAUUUUUUCCUAACAGAGCACAAUGGUAGUUGUUCCAGUUGGACAACUGGGACUACGUGGAAUGAACAGAAUUUUGUAGUAGGCUUUGGAAGAUGUGGCAAAGAGGAGGUGUUUGCCCCCAGAGAAUUUCAUACAGUAGAAAGAGGGAGAGGUAGUACCACAGAUCCUUCUACUGAAAUUAACUGUAAUAUUCAUCAAAUUACAGAUUCAUUAAAAUCAGAUUUUUCCUUGAUUGCACUUCAGUUUUUUCCAUCUAGGAGGAAGAAGUCCAACUGGGUGGUGCUUCAGAACCUGGACCAUCCAAAUCUGGUCUACAUUCAAUGCUGAGCACGAAUGUCUGAAAUGUGACACAAGUACAUGUAUAUUGGGUACUGCUGUGAUGAUCAGGACACACAGGAGGAGCUUGGAAUUGAACCAACAGUCUUGUGCAUGCUAGACACUGUCUUGUUGGAUGAGCAGGCACCUCUGGAAGAAUCAGUUGAGUGAGAUGGUGCAACCCAGUGGUGGCCCAGCAGAGGACCAGGACAUGCUGGGUGAAGAAUCUUCUCUGGGGAAGCCAGCAAUGCUACAUCUUCCUUCAGAGCAGGGUACUCCUGAGACCCUCCAGCGCUGUCUGGAAGAGAAUCAAGAACUCCGAGAUGCUAUCCGGCAGAGCAAUCAGAUGCUGAGGGAACGCUGUGAGGAGCUGCUGCAUUUCCAGGUCAGCCAGCGGGAGGAGAAGGAGUUCCUCAUGUGCAAAUUCCAGGAAGCCAGGAAGCUGGUGGAGAGACUGAGCUUGGAGAAGCUUGACCUGCGGAGGCAGAGAGAACAGGCCUUAGAGGAUUUGGAGCAUCUGAAGAAAUGCCAACAGGUACAGAUGGCUGAGGACAAGGCCUCUGUGAAAGCUCAGGUGACAUCAUUGCUGGGGGAACUCCAGGAGAGCCAGAGUCGUUUGGAGGCUGCUACCAAGGAACGACAAACUUUAGAGGGAAGGAUUCGAGCAGUUAGUGAGCAGGUCAGACAGCUGGAGAGUGAGCGGGAGGUGCUGCAGCAGCAGCACAGUGUCCAGGUGGACCAACUGCGCAUGCAGAACCAGAGUGUGGAGGCUGCCUUGCGAAUGGAGCGACAGGCUGCUUCAGAGGAGAAGCGGAAGCUGGCUCAGUUGCAGGCAGCCUAUCACCAACUCUUCCAAGACUAUGACAGCCACAUUAAGAGCAGCAAGGGCAUGCAGCUGGAAGAUCUGAGGCAGCAGCUCCAGCAAGCUGAGGAGGCCCUGGUAGCCAAACAGGAAUUGAUUGAUAAGCUGAAAGAGGAAGCUGAGCAGCACAAGAUUGUCAUGGAGACCGUUCCAGUCUUGAAAGCCCAGGCGGACAUCUACAAGGCUGACUUCCAAGCUGAGAGGCAUGCCCGGGAGAAACUGGUGGAGAGGAAGGAGCUUUUGCAGGAGCAGUUGGAGCAGCUGCAGCGCGAGUUCAACAAGUUGAAAGUUGGCUGCCAUGAGUCAGCCAGGAUUGAGGAUAUGAGGAAGCGGCAUGUAGAGACUUCCCAGCCCCCUUUACUCCCUGCUCCAGCUCACCACUCCUUUCAUUUGGCCUUGUCCAACCAGCGGAGGAGCCCUCCUGAGGAACCACCUGACUUCUGUUGUCCCAAGUGCCAGUAUCAGGCUCCUGAUAUGGACACUCUACAGAUACAUGUCAUGGAGUGCAUAGAGUAGGAGCAGCAGAUUCAAGGCCACCUGUAAUACUAUGUCCCAAUCUGUGCAACUUAUGCUUUCCCGUUUCACCUGCGUAGUCCACAAUUAAGUGCUUAAUGUCAAAGAGUGGGUCCCAGGAACUAGCAGGACCCUUGCUUUAGCCCUUUGGUCUGCUAGUCCCCUAUUAGGGUAGACAGCUCCAUUCAGGGCUGUUUUUUUUCCCUUUUUUCUUCUGUGUGCCUGAGCCACUUCGCCUCUGGUGGCUUCUUCUUCCCUCUUCUCCCAUUUUCUUAGGGAGUCUAGAAUGGAGGCCAGGGGCUCUCAGGGAGCAUCCCUUCUCCAAGCAGGGCUAGUGCCUCUCUUCAGCUAGUGCCUUUCUUGCCAGUGAACUGCAGGCUCUCCUCCUUAAGGCAUGUGGCACUUAGGUCUAUAACAUGUAUUACCUCUGAUAGACAUGUGGAAAGUAUUCUGUCCUUGUUACUAGUAAUGGUGCAGUGAAAGUACUUGUGCACAGAUCUGUAUGUACCUUUAGGACAGAUGCUUAGAUGUGACAUUAGAUAUGACAAGGGUCAUAGAAGAGGUGAGCAGACCUUUGGAUUCUGCUAUCUGCUAGACAUGCUAUUAUUUACUAAAGAGUUUGCUUAAGUGUCUUUUUCUGGGGUAUGUGGGCCCUUCUUAAUUUCUCUGAUGUAACUUGGAUUUUCAUAAUUCCUACCCAUUUUUCUGUUGGGUCGUUGCCAUUUGUUCUUUGGCUUUGGAGAGCUCUUUGAUUAUCAGUCAGGUUAGCUUUGACUAUCACAGAAAGGGCACACCUUGUUCCAGUUUGAUUGUGUUACUGUUUUGGGGCCUAGAAGCUGUUAUCUACUCCAUUCUUUACUCCUUUUUUUGGCUUUGGAAUUAUGACUACUUUGUCAACAGAAAGGUAUUUCACAUAUAUGCUUUUCUUUUUCUAACUCCAGUGUGUUCUUGUUUUUGCUAAGCACAUUGUUGCCUUCUGUGAAUGGUGGUAGUUCAUCACAGUUCAGGAAUUUGUGAUGGCUUGUUCUCCACCAGCCAAUUUGUCCUAGCACACCAUUUAGCAGUGACUGAAAGGUUACAGAAAAGGGAACACUUCACUUGUUUUGCAAGAUUCUAGAUAUUUUCUGGGACCUUACAGUCAUUGGUAUUAGCCCUGCAGUUCUAGUAAAGGAAAGUAAACUGCAAUUGAGAAAGCAAUAAAUGUCCCUUGCUCAUUCCUCAGGUUUGAAAUCCUUCCUGCCCUCCUGUAAGCUUUCAUGGUUCUGAGUGGGAUUUGUGAAUCCAUCCCUGGGCUUUUAUUCACAUGGCUUCUAUCCCAUUAAGAGUGAGUAGGCUAAGUAGAAUUUAGAUUUUAAAAAAGGAUUUAAAAAGCAAUCCUGAGCUGAGGGCUUCCUCAGCAUUCUCAGGGGAUGUGGAACAAGUUUUCCAUUUCCUAAUUCCCUGGUAUCUAUCAGACAGAUCUUUGGGAAAAUGUUAAAGGAACAAACAAGUACUUUGCUUAUGUGUUUUCAUUUAAAUACCUAACCUAUAAUUUUUUCUUUAGGAAUACUGUUGGUUUAGCUUGAGUCCAGUUUUGUGGUGGUAUAUAAGACUGUCCUAUAGCUGCUUUAAAAAUUCUUUUAGACUUGAAAGAGCAACAACAACAAAAAUUAGUCUUCCUGUCUGGAAGCCAAAUGUUAAGUUUUUUUCUGGAGGCUCUGAGAAUCAAUUCCAAGCAUUCUCUUAACUUUUGGUGGUUUCUGGAAGUCCUUGGUGUUGCUUGACUUGUAGACCAAUCACUCCAAUUUCUGGUUCUAGGGCCUCGUGGUCUCUUCCUCUCUUCUAUCUCAUAAGGAAACCAAGUUGCACACGUGGAGUCUAUUUGGUUAGAUUACGAAGGAUUUCCAUUUCAAGACCUUUACCUCAUUCCACCUAUCAAGACCCUUUUCCCAAAUAAAGUCAUUGUCUCACAUUCUGGGGGUUUGGGCUUACACAACCCAGAGUAGGGACAUCAUUAGAACCUGAGUAAAUGCAGCUCCAAAGCAGGUGCCUUUUUAAGCCUUCUAAUUCUGCUAGAGAGACCCGGUCUCUAGGGUGAUGACCAGUAGGCUUCAGAGUUUGGAGGCUGUCAAACCCUUGUCAGUGCUCCAAGCUGUUAGCAGGGUCAGUGGGAAUGACUGGGAAAGGCAGGUUGGCUAUAGUAGGAGAGAGCUGUUGUGAUGCCUGCAGUGGCUGCAAGAGCUUCAUGCUUCUUGGAUAAACAGAUGCAUAGGUACAUUUCUGACUAGUACUUUCUCUUGAAAGGGGCUCAGAAAGCAGGUGUGACUCAGGUUCCAGGUUACAUACGAUCAUCUGGAAGCUUGAAAACAUUAUGUCUUGGGCUUCAUGGACUGGUCAAGACAAAUCUGAGAGUGGCUCCAGGCAACGGUUGGGACCUAGUACCCUUCUAGAAGGUGGGAACCCUUGCCACCUACUUACCCUGCAGUAUGGUGUAUGAUUAACCAUACAUCAAAGAUUUGAGAAUCUACCAUCUUCCUGAUAUGGGACAUGUUGUUUUCUUUUCCAGGAUUAUUGAAGCUAUAACUGGAAAAAGUAGUUGUCCCAUCUCCCUCAGGAAUUAGCCUAAUUGUUUUUACACAAAUUUUAUGUGGUCUCUGGCAGAUAACUUCUAGAUCCAUAUAACUAGAAGCAUGUCCUUUCCAGACGACCUCUUACUGUUACUUAUGUAUGCUUUCUUCUUGUUGGCCCAUGCCCAAGAGAAAACCAGAAAGCCAGUAAGACAGUACAGAGUACUUCACCUACUGUAGUAGUAAACCAUAAGGCAGACUGUAAGUAGGGAUGAUGUCAAAAUAGGAAUAAUUGCAGCCCUGUAUGUGACACCCUCAGGCAAGGUGAGGCCUACCUUUCAGUGUUUUCCCUUUCAAGGUGGGAGUUUGGUGAGAUGGAACAAGCACUUUGGAAGCAUUCUCAGCCCUCUUUACCUGACAGCAGCUUGGUCCUCACAGUGAUUGCCUCAUUGGAGUGGCUGUCAUGGCACUGUCACCACCAAAGUCUGUGAUGCAACAUAUCUGCAUGGCCUGCAUAUCAGCAGGCCUGAGUGGCUAGCAUCUUGAACCUUUUAUCACAUGAACAUUCUCUGUAGGCUGGUAUAAAAAGGCCAGAGGAUUAAAUUAUGUAUAAAAUAUGAAAUAAAGAAGUAAGACCUGCAAGCAUGUACUCUGUCCUCACUUGGUGGAUGUAGGGGUAGGAUUGCCAGGAACAAAGGUUUUCUUUACUAUUUCUCUCUUUAAUUCCCAUGCAUUACAUAGGAAGUAGCUGUUACAGCUUUGAGGUUUUUGCUGAUGGCUAAAGAAAGCUCAUUGUUGACACAACAGAGUGGCAGAAGGGGCUAAAUCAAUUAAUUUAGGGCUUAAAUUUCCUGUGGUUGCAGCAACAAAGUACCACGCAUUAGGGGGCUUAUGCAACAGAGAUUUUCUAUCUCCCUGUUCUGGAUGGCAGGAACCUGAGAGGUGAACUCCUUAUUUUUUUUAAAAAUUUUUAUUAGAUAUGUUUCUUUACUUACAUUUCAAAGAUUAUUCCCCUUCCCGGUUUCCUGUCCAUAAACCCCCAUUCCCUGCCCUCCCCCUCCCCCAUACGGGUAUUCCCCCUAUACAUCCCCCUCACUGCCCCCCAUAUUCCCCUGCACUGGGGGUCCAACUUUGGCAGGACCAAGGGCUUCCCCUUCCCCUGGUGCCCCAACAAUGCCAUCCUCUGCUACAUAUGCAGCUGGAGCCAUGGGUCUGUCCAUGUGUGUUUUUUGGGUAGUGGUUUAGUCCCUAGAAGCUCUGGUUGGUUGGCAUUGUUGUUUUUAUGGGGUUGCAAGCUCCUUCAACUCUUUCAAUACUUCCUCUAGUUACCCCCAAGGGGGUCCUAUUCGGUGAGCUCCUUAUAAGAGAUAACCCAUUCCAGACCCCUCUCCCACUGUAUGGCAGGUCCCAGAAAUUCUUAGUUCUCUCUAGUUGGACCUGCAUUGAUUCCUCUGCCACUUUUGUCACAUGAGCACCUUGUGUGUUUCAUUUUUAUAAGCAUACCAGUGUCACACACAGCUGGGUAUUUGGAAACAAGGAGGCAUUUUGUUCAGUAUCUAGUGACAGUGAUGGAAAGAGCUGAUUUGCAGAGGUAGUCAGAGCAGCAUGAGGAUCUUAGGUAUAGAGCUGUGGCCAACAUCACCGAUAUGGAAGAAAGAGGGACAGUCAUCUAGUGAUUGCUGGGCUUUGGUUUUCACACCUGGCUACCUGGGCAAUAUAUCUACCAUUGGGAGGACUAAGAAAAAAAGGGGAAAGUUAGAGUUGUGAGAGAAACUGUUCAGUGUUCAAUUCUGAUCUAGCCAGGAUCAGCGAGAUGUCCUGGGUCCCUUCAUCUUGGCUUGACUGUUCAUUGCAGUUUCACAUUGAGACUGUAGGCUCUUUUAUUUUAUCCAUUGCUUAUUGGCAACCAGUGUAAUCUGGUAGAUCAGUUUCCACUUUGCUUAAUGCUCUCCACUGAUUUGCCGUUGCUGGAGACCUAAACUCCAUCGUUCAGCCUUGUGCUGAUCUAACAUCAUGUCAACUUCCCUAAAGGCCCAGCCAUUCUAUACUGGCUGUUUUUCCUUUCCUCAAACCUACUUAGCACUUCUGUUUCUUUUUUUUUUUUUUGGUUCUUUUUUUUCGGAGCUGGGGACCAAACCCAGGGCCUUGCGCUUCCUCGGUAAGCGCUCUACCACUGAGCUAAAUCCCCAGCCCCUCUUUUUUUUUUAAUAUUUAUUAUUAACUUGAGUAUUUCUUAUUUACAUUUCGAAUGCUAUUCCCUUUCCCGGUUUCCGGGCAAACAUCCCCCUAAUCCCUCCCCCUCCCCUUCUUUCUGGGUGUUCCCCUCCCCAUCCUCCCCCCAUUGUCGCCCUCCCCCCAACAAUCACGUUCACUGGGGGUUCAGUCUUAGCAGGACCCAGGGCUUUCCCUUCCACUGGUGAUCUUACUAGGAUAUUCAUUGCUACCUAUGAGGUCAGAGUCCAGGGUCAGUCCAUGUAGAGUCUUUAGGUAGUGGCUUAGUCCCUGGAAGCUCUGGUUGCUUGGCAUUGUUGUUCAUAAGGGGUCUUGAGCCCCUUCAAGCUCUUCCAGUUCUUUCUCUGAUUCCUUCAACGGGAGUCUUAUUCUCAGUUCAGUGGUUUGCUGCUGGCAUUCGCCUCUGUAUUUGCUGUAUUCUGGCUGUGUCUCUCAGAAGAGAUCUACAUCUGACUCCUGUCGGCCUACACUUCUUUGCUUCAUCCAACUUGUCUAAUUGGGUGGCUGUAUAUGUAUGGGCCACAUGUGGGGCAGGCUCUGAAUGGGUGUUCCUUCUGUGUCUGUUUUAAUCUUUGCCUCUCUAUUCCCUGCCAAGGGUAUUCUUGUUCCCCUUUUAAAGAAGGAGUGAAGCGUUCACAUUUUGAUCAUCCGUCUUGAGUUUCAUGUGUUUUAUGCAUCUAGGGUAAUUCAAGCAUUUGGGCUAAUAGCCACUUAUCAAUGAGUGCAUACCAUAUGUGUUUUUCUGUGAUUGGGUUACCUCACUCAGGAUGAUAUUUUCCAGUUCCAACCAUUUGCCUACAAAUUUCAUAAAGUCAUUGUUUUUGAUAGCUGAGUAGUAUUCCAUUGUAUAGAUGUACCACAUUUUCUGUAUCCAUUCCUGUGUUGAAGGGCAUCUGGGUUCUUUCCAGCUUCUGGCUAUUAUAAAUAAGGCUGCUAUGAACAUAGUGGAGCACGUGUCUUUUUUAUAUGUUGGGGCAUCUUUUGGGUAUAUGCCCAAGAGAGGUAUAGCUGGAUCCUCAGGCAGUUCAAUGUCCAAUUUUCUGAGGAACCUCCAGACUGAUUUCCAGAAUGGUUGUACCAGUCUGCAAUCCCACCAACAAUGGAGGAGUGUUCCUCUUCCUCCACAUCCUCGCCAGCAUCUGUUGUCCCCUGAGUUUUUGAUCUUAGCCAUUCUCACUGGUGUGAGGUGAAAUCUCAAGGUUGUUUUGAUAUGCAUUUCCCUUAUGACUAAAGAUGUUGAACAUUUCUUUAGGUGUUUCUCAGCCAUUCCGCAUUCCUCAGCUGUGAAUUCUUUGUUUAGUUCUGAAUCCCAUUUUUUAAUAGGGUUAUUUGUCGCCCUGCGGUCUAACUUCUUGAGUUCUUUGUAUAUUUUGGAUAUAAGCCCUCUAUCUGUUGUAGGAUUGGUAAAGAUCUUUUCCCAAUCUGUUGGUUGCCGUUUUGUCCUAACCACAGUGUCCUUUGCCUUACAGAAGCUUUGCAGUUUUAUGAGAUCCCAUUUGUCGAUUCUUUUUUUUUUUUCAGAAAGCCAGUUUAUUUCUAAGACUCUGUCAUAAACUUUUAGCGGGUACCAAUAGUCACCUGCCAUACACGCACCAAGUUGUCGGUAUAGCCAGCAAACAGAGUCUGGCCAUCAGCAGACCAAGCCAUUUGUCGAUUCUUGAUCUUAGAGCAUAAGCCAUUGGUGUUUUGUUCAGGAAAUUUUUUCCAGUGCCCAUGUGUUCGAGAUACUGCCCUAGUUUUUCUUCUAUUAGUUUGAGUGUAUCUGGUUUGAUGUGGAGGUCCUUUCAAAAUACCAAUCCAAUUCUUCAAAGAGUUAGACAGAACAAUUUGCAAAUUCAUUUGGAAUAACAAAAAACCCAGGAUAGCUAAAACUAUUCUCAACAAUAAAAGGACUUCAGGGGGAAUCACUAUCCCUGAACUCAAGCAGUAUUACAGAGCAAUAGUGAUAAAAACUGCAUGGUAUUGGUACAGAGACAGACAGAUAGACCAAUGGAAUAGAAUUGAAGACCCAGAAAUGAACCCACACACCUAUGGGCACUUGAUUUUUGACAAAGGAGCCAAAACCAUCCAAUGGAAAAAAGAUAGCAUUUUCAGCAAAUGGUGCUGGUUCAACUGGAGGUCAACAUGUAGAAGAAUGCAAAUCGAUCCAUGUUUAUCACCCUGUACAAAGCACUUCUGUUUCUUAAGGCCUUUGCUCCUGUUGUCUCCUUUGCUGAGAAGGCUCUGUUCCCUUAUCUGUACAGUUGACUUUUUGUUAUUCAUCUGAGUGUAAACAAAAGUUCUUUCUUCUGAUGUCUUAAUCCUAAAACCACUGGCCUUUUCUAGUCUGUUUUUUCUUUCCUCCCACUAGAGGGAGACAGAAGCCUUGUCAAUUUAGUUUAGUCAUAUACCCUAGACAGGAACUCAGCACAAGGAUGCUCUGUGUUUAUUGAUGGCUGAGCUUGUCUGAGACAAUGUCAGGAUUCCCCUGUCAAUAUUUUCAUGGACAUCACUUGUCACCAUAGUUGGUGACUUAUAGAAGUUAUUACAUUAACGUACUAGAAGUUAUAGUACAGAAAUCUUAUUUUAGAACUAUAGUGACUAUAGCCCUUUUUGUGCUGCUAGGGAUAGAACCCAGGGUCUUAAACGUGCUAAGCAUUCAUACCACUGCUGAGCUACAAUCCCAGGUUAUCAGCUUCUCACUUUAUUUCCCUACCCCUGACUUUGACAGGGUUCAACUCUGUAGCCCCGCCUAACUUGGAACUUACUAUGUAAUCCAAGAUGGCCUCAAAUUUACAGUCAUCCUCUUACCUCAGCCUUUCCAGUGCUAGGAUUACAAAUAUGUGCUACUAUGUCUGACUAGCUUUUUUUUCAUUUUGUUCAGAUUUUGAAUGAGUUGUCUUGGUGUCUUGGUUUCAGAUAAGAAAAACAGAAUUUGGAAGAAAGUCAGGUGGACCUGUCUGUGGUAUAGUAUGCAGUUAAAGUUGAAGCAAGGCGUUAAUGAUUUCCAGGCUAGCUUAGCCUUCAUAGCAAGAUCCUGUCUCAUAAAACAAAAAGUCAACUGGUGAUUCCCUGGGGAUGAGAGGGAUGAGGAGAGGGUGAUAGCAAUGAGAAUAUUCUGAAAUCGGUUAUGGCGGUAUUCAUAUAUCUGUGAAUGUGCUAGAAACACUUCAGAUGAAUGACUUUUGUUGUAUAUGGAUUAGGUGGCAAUAAAACUGGUAUUAAAAUGUUAUCUAA